AUAUAUCCUUCUAAUGUCAAUUAAUUAUUACACAGGAAACGUUUAGCUAAUAGUCUCCAUGGAAAUGGAGAAAUCGAGAUAACGUAUCACAUAUUUAAGGGACCGUUCAAAAAAUACGUAACUAUAAAUCCUCCUUUCUAAAUCAUCCCUUAUGAUGGGUCCCUCCCUUUGACAUAUAAUUACAUAGCCACCACAUCAUUGACGACUUCCGAACUUAUUCCCUCUGCACAUCCAUCUUGAACGGUCCUUAAUAAGAAUCGGCACCACCACUACCACUUUCCCACCACAUGCUCACUUUCUUUCUCGGACGUUUUUUGUGUUUUAUUUAAUUCUACUCGAAAUUUAUUCUAGUUUCGUAAUUUCACAGUUCUUUUGUAGAAAUAAAAUUCCACAUUGAUCUCAAAUGUCGCCAAGACAAUCCUUGCCCAUGUCAUCGCCAAGGUCGGACGUCAGCUCAACCUGGUACAAAUGCAACACUUGCCAAAUUCUUCUCGAGUCAAAGUCACGUCUUUUGAAACAUUUGGGGGAGAAGCAUUUUGGAGAGAGCCCAAAGACAUCAAGAAGGUCAAGUACAUCCCGAGGAGUUAAGAAGUCAUCCGAUUAUAAAAACCAAUAUGAAAAAAUUUGCAUUCGGCCUUUAGAAAUUGUCGUAAGUAACGAGCGAUUCAUAUUUAAACGGGUAUCAAAAGUAUCUACCCCAAAUCGACCUCAACCCGCCGGUCCCAGUUCACCAAUAAAAUCAAGCCUGACCUCAAUUCGACCUCAACCCGGUCCCAGUUCACCAAGUCGACCUCAAGCCGGUCCCAGUACAACAAAAAAAUCAAGUCUGACCCCGCUCCGAUCCGGUAAGAACAACCAAAAACAAUCAAUGGUCGCCUCACAGUCACCGGACGCUGACCUAUUCAUCUCAACACUGAAUGUUCGCGACGAUGAUCUCGUCCUGCAUCCAGGCUACUUUCCUUUCGUUUGUCGUUUCUGUGAUUCAACGAACUGCAAGUCAUGUGAAGUUUUUGAUCAGACCAAGUUCUUUUAGAAAUACUUUGUAUUUUUGCUACAACGUCCUGUGAAAUUAUUCAAGAUUUAUUGGAUGACAUUAUUAUUUAUUUUGUCUCAAGAAUUAACUGAAAUUAAGUCAAGAAAUGAAUUAUAUAUUACAUGCACAAUUACUUAUUAUCUUAUAUUGUAUAUCCUCACUUGUAUGUACAACUUUAAAUUUCCUCAUCUUUGCCACGGUUCAGUCUGGUUAAGCAGAGUUAUAUUCAACUUCUAGAAAUUAAUUGAUGUUUUUCUUCACCGGUGUUUCAUUGUGUGAUCGUAUUUAUGUAGUAAUUUAGCGUUUUCUAAGUAGAUGUUUUUCAUGUUAAAAAAUUCAAGACUCUUAAUUAUUUAGAUACACUGUUUCAAAAAUAAUGUUACUCUUUUAGAGUGCAAUUACUUUUCAAAAGAGCAACAUUAUUUUUAUAAGAGUAACAAAAAUAAAUGUAAAUUUCCAUUUUCUAUUGUUCACUAUUUUAUGCUGGUAAUUGAAUACAUUAAAAAUGAACUGAUUUGUAUUUACAACAAUUAA